AUGCAAUACAACAAUGCAGAAAGGGUUGGUAUGGCCCAUAAGAUUAGUGUUGACGAUGUUGAAGAGCGUGAUCGUGAUGGUGAUCUCCGUUUUAGUGAGAAGUCUUACCAGAAAGUCUCAAAUCCUGAUUCUGAAGAAAAAGUUGCUGAUUUUGAUGAAAAUGAGCUUGGUGUUGCGGAAGAGAAUGAAAAAGGGAAGGGGCCCCAUCUAGUUAAGGGUAAGAGAAGAAAGAAGACUGUUGGAAGGGAAAGAAAAUACAGCAGGACUGGUUGUAAGGCUUUCCUUUCCAUUAAGCCGCACAGGGAUACGGGAAAGUUCAAAGUUUCUAGAUUCUCGACAAUUCAUAACCAUGAACUUGUAGACAUUUUUGAGGGGCAUUUCCUACGUUCUCACAGGAAAGUUACAUUGCAGGACAUUUUAGAGGUGAAAGCACUACAUGAAGCUGAUGUGAACACAAGUGAUGCAUUUAAUUAUCUAGCUCAACAAUCCGGUGGUCGGGCAUUUGUAGGUUUCAUGCUAAAGGACUUGUACACUAAGUUGCACAAUUACAAGCAAUUGAAUUCACAAUAUGGAGAUGCGGAAGCAGCGAUGAACUGGCUGCGAAUAAGAGGAAGUGAGGAGGAAAUUUUUUUCUGUAGGUAUAUCAGAGAUUCAAAGAAGAGGCUAGCAAGAUUGUUUUGGAGGGACAGCCACUCACUCAUGGACUAUGAGUUGUACGGUGAUGUCUUAGUGAUAGAUGCCACUUAUAAAACCAAUGUGUAUGUCAUGCCCCUUGUGCUGUUUAUUGGUGCAAACAAUCAUAGAGCUACUGUGGUAUUUGCUUGCACUCUGAUUUGUAAUGAGAAGGAGGGCACGUACGAUUGGGUGGUUAAAAAUUUCCUUGAAGCCAUGAACAACCAGAAGCCAAAAUCAGUUGUGACUGAUGGAGCAGAUUCAAUGCGUAAAUCGCUUGAUACGCACAUGCCGCAGACAAAGCACAGACUUUGUGCGUGGCAUAUAGGCAGGAAUGUUGGUCAAAAUGUUAAGGAUGAGAAGCUGCAGAAAGCGUUGGGGAAGAUGAUAUACACUUCAUAUAGUAGAGAUGAAUGGGAGAGGGAGUGGGGGAAGAUGGUAAGGGAACACAAUGUCGAGGAAAACACCUGGAUCCAGUCACUUCACAAUAAGCGGAAGAAAUGGGCAGAGGCAUACUGCAGGGGUCAUUGGUACGCAGGGAUCUGCUCAACCCAGCGGUGCGAGGGCAUGAACUGUACCAUAAAGUUGAAGGUUGGUAAGUCCACAACGUUGAUUGAGUUUGUACCAAGGUAUCAAAGAGGUAUAAGUCGUUUGAGGGACAGGGUUUUGUUGGAUAAUUUCAAGUCAAAAAACCACAGCCGGGAAUACGUUUCUCACCUGGUGUGUAUGGAAGAAUUUGUGUUUGAAACUUUCACAGAAGACAUAUAUCUUGUGAUCAGGAACCAGAUGGACUUUGAGAAAAUAUUUAGGGUGACCAGCCGUAUUCCCGAUCCCUUUUCAGAUAAUUUGAUGAUAUAUGUGACACAGUAUGACAAAGCGGAUAGGUGCUGGGCGGUUCAAUUCAUCGCACGCAAUAGUGAGAAGUCACAAGAUGAGUCGUACUCUUGUUCGUGCGAGCUUUUUGAAUCUGACAAUAUUCCAUGUGCCCAUAUCUUAUGUGCUAUGAAAAAUGAGGGAGUUUUUGUCUACAUGAAAUCACUGAUAUGUGAGAGGUGGAAGAAAUCUUGUGGGAGCAGACCUCUUGAUAAAACAAGUGUCCAAGUACAAGUAAUCAGAUUCGCGCCAUGUAGGUACUUAUCGUUGAUAGCAGCAGCUAAGAGAGCAUGCUAUAACUUUGCCCAAUCAGCCGAAGGCUUCAAGGAGGGGAUGGUGGCGCUGGCCAAGCUCGAAGAACACUCAUUUGAAUUCCGGGCAAAGAAGAAACCAAGACUGAUUGUGGAAGACAACAGUAACGUUGUUCUGGAUCCCAUAGUAGCCAGAACCAAUGGCAAGCAUUGUAAUGCAAAAAACGGGCUGCAGCCUAAUGGUACGAAGGUGAAAGCAUGUGGGCAUUGUAGAGUUCCUGGUCACAAUUUGCGGACAUGUCCUGAAUUACAAAGUGAUGAUAAUGGGAAAUAAUCCCCGGUUAUCGUUAUCAGAGGACUGGGAACUAUUUUAGUAACUGAUUGUAUGAACCAAAGGCAAACUUUAGUUCGAGGAAUGCCGUAGUUUGAAGGUGAUUUCUGGGAUUUCGGGAAUGUGAGGCAAUUUUUGUAACUAGCCCUGCCCAGCCUGUAGAACAUUAUUUCAUUAUUAUUUGAUAUAAC